UUUAAAAAUGGUGAAGAGGAAACACGCGGAUCGUUCAAGCGGUGCAGCAGUAGACAGCAAAUCUACACCAAAGGAUGAGGUUCUUCCAGCAGUCAGGACCUCAGACGAACCAGCUCCAAAAAAGCAAAAAUGGACCAACAAACAGAGAGUCCUCAUUUUCUCAUCAAGAGGAGUUUCAUAUCGAGCCAGACAUCUAAUGACCGACUUGCGGACAUUAAUGCCUCAUUCAAAAGCAGAAACAAAAAUGGACAGAAAAGAUUCUCUAUUUGUUGUAAAUGAGAUUGCUGAAAUGAAAAAUUGCAACAGAUGUAUAUAUUUUGAAAUGAAGAAGAAACAAGACCUUUAUAUGUGGGUCAGCGGUGUCCCCAAAGGUCCCUCUGUUAAAUUUCUCAUAGAAAAUGUUCACACAAUGUUAGAGCUGAAAAUGACUGGAAACUGCUUAAAAUCUUCAAGACCACUGCUUUCAUUUGACACGACAUUUGAUAAACAUCCCUACUGGGCUCUCCUCAAGGAACUGUUCAUUCAGACAUUUGGUACCCCUAACCAUCACCCUAAGAGUCAACCCUUCAUAGACCAUGUGUUCACAUUUUCAAUAGCAGACAAUAGGAUUUGGUUUAGAAAUUACCAAAUAUUAGAAGAGGAUGGCUCUUUGGCAGAGAUAGGUCCACGCUUUGUGAUGAAUCCUAUAAGAAUAUUUGAGGGUAGUUUUGGUGGACCAACAUUGUUCUCCAACCCACACUAUAUCUCCCCAAAUGAGCAUCGCCGACGACUCCGCAAGAAAAAUGCAAACAAAUACCUGGAUAAACUGCAAUCAAAGAGACUGCAUGCUGAAAACAUGCGGCAACCUUCUUAUAGACUGGACCCAACAGAUGAUGUUUUCACAACCAUAUCACCUGAGGAAGCAGCUAAAUAUGAGAAGUAGCAAGAUCUGAAAAUUUAUUGUUAAAAAUAUCCGGAUCAGGAAUGAAAGUGUGAAAAAACAAAGUCAACUUCUGCAUCCAUUCUGUUUAGUUUUGACCGGAGAUUCCAUUGUGGAUAAUGACCAAAUGGCAACAGGAGUGGAAGUGAAACAUUUUUUAAAACUUGUCUUUGAAAAUUUGUUUAUUCUGAAAUACUUAAGUAAUGAACAUACUGGUUUAUAUUUAGUCCCUCUUUGUAAGAUCUUAGUCUCUAGGACAACAGUCUGGUUUCAAAUAUUUAAAUGUAAAUGUUAGUGUUUUCGAGGUAAGGUAUGAUGUUAACACAACAACUGAAGCCAUACUCCUGAGACUCCCCAUGCUGUCAAUUCUUAUUGGAACCUUAAUAAAAAAUUGAUGUGUUCUAGUUUGA